AUGAAGCAAAGGAGCAUCUUCCUGGUCAUGCUGAACUCCUCCGUCAUCCUCGCCGUCUUCGUGAUCUUCCUCGUUCUGCUCAAUGCCCCGAUCAGGUUCCUGUUUACAGCUUCGCCCGAGAACGCCUUUAAGGUCGAUGAAGCGCUGGCUACAAGCGGCACCCGGUUCAGCCUCCUCAUCGGGGUUCUGACAAGGCCGAACAAUUACGACCGCCGCCAUUUCCUUCGGCUAGUGUACGGCAUCCAAUCGUCUCCUGUAGCCGAAGUACAAGUCAAGUUUGUGUUCUGCAGCGUGACCAAUCCCGAGCAGAAGAUUUUCUUGGCGCUUGAAAUCCUGAGGUUCAACGACAUAAUCAUCCUCAACUGCACCGAGAACAUGAACUUUGGUAAGACCUACACAUACUUCUCCUCGCUCCCCGACAUCCUUCCGAGGCGAUUUGACUACGUCAUGAAAGCCGACGACGACGUCUACAUUCGGCUGGCUCAGCUGGUGUCAUCGCUUCAGCCUCUGCCAAGACAGGAUUUGUACUACGGGUUCGUGCUCCCUUGCCCGAGCAUGAAUCCGCACGAGGGGUACAUGUCCGGGAUGGGGUUUGCAUUAUCCUGGGAUCUUGUUGAAUGGAUUGCUAGUUCGGAAAUUCCUAAACACGAUACAUUUGGACCGGAGGACAAGUUGGUAGGAAGGUGGCUGAACAAGGGGAAAAAGGCAAGGAACAGGUUCACAAGCAAACCAGCAAUGUAUGACUAUCCAGGAACCAAUGGAAGGUGCUCUCACGAGCUUGUUCCAGACACAGUGGCAGUUCAUAGGCUCAAGAGAUGGGAUCGGUGGUUACGUGUGCUGGAGUUCUUCAAUGUUACCAAAGAGCUAAAUCACUCGAAACUUUACAAUUUGUGA